AUGUCUCAACCCACUGAGUCAGUCAUCAUCAUUGGUGCCGGCAUCGUUGGCUCUGCCCUGGCCUAUUUCCUCACCCAAUCUUCAAACCCCAGAACCAUAGCCCUAAUCGACCGUUCCUUCACCUGUCUUCUUGGUUCAUCUGGAAUUGCCCCCGGAUUCAUCGGUCAAUUCAAUGAAUCCCAGAUCCUCACCAAACUUGCGAUCGACACUGUCUCGGAAUAUGUCAAAAUCCCGGGUGGUUUCGACAGAGUUGGCGGUCUGGAGAUUGCAUUCCGAGAUGAGGGCAUCCAAAGAUUAAAGGCGAGAUGCGAGGAUGCAAAGAAGCUGGGUCUUGAGGCAAGAAUCUUGAGCAUUAAGGAAGCACACGGUCUGGCUCCAGAGUUGGUCAACGAGGACGGUGAAGGGCAGGCGGUCUUUUUUGAGAAGGAUGGAACAGCAAAUGCUGUGAGAAUAACGACUUGGUAUCAACAAGAGGCGAAGAAGCGUGGAGUCAACUUGGUGGAAGCCAAUGUGAAGCGACUCGCCAUAUCGGACGGCCGCGUCACAGGCAUUGACGUUAUUCAUAAUGAGAUAUCGCGUCAUCUGACUGCUGAUAAAGUCAUCAUCACAACUGGAAUCUGGGCUCAAGAUCUUUCAUCAACCCUCCCGUUUCCUGUCCCUGUCAUUCCCGUUGGUCACCCCUACAUGCACGCUCAAGCCCACGAACCACUUCCUCACAAAAUACCGUUUCUUCGCUGGCCUGAGCACCAUGUUUACGCUCGGGAUCACGGUACAAAUUUUGGUAUUGGAAGUUAUGACCAUGCACCUAUAGGCUACAAAGCAGACACUACUGCUAAAGGCGAUUGGAUAGACUGGUUCAAGCAACCUCUCGACUUUGCUACAGGUUUACUUCCUCCUGCUGCAGCCCGAGAAUUCCAAGAUGGAAAUUACUUCAAUGGAGUGUUUAGUAUGACGCCAGACAAUAUGCCAUUGGCUGGAAAGGUCAAUUCAGUUGAGGGAUUGUUCAUGGCAGUUGCAGUCUGGGUCACGCAUGCUGCUGGUACAGCCAAGUUUCUGACAAGGAUUAUUGAUGGAGAAGAAGUGGAAGGCAAGACAAAAGAGGCUCUUGACCCCGAGAGAUUCAGGGGGCAGGAGUUUGCGGAGUUGGAAGAGAAAUCCUUGACGGGCUAUAACUCUAUUUAUAAGACUGUUAGGUCAGGCUAG